CAUUUUAGAAUUGAUGAUAAAAGAUUUUGAAGUGAAAGGGGAAAACAAAUUUUUUUCCAUUUGUUCAAAUAAGAGGAGAGGGACCUGAAUGGAAGCAACACACUGACCUGGGCCAAUAGGAGGAGAAAAACCCUCCCAGUCUGGAAGGAGGAGGUGGGGUGGCUGGCAUUCAAACUUAUUCAGGCUCCAACUCUCUCCAAGACCGUCUCCACAGCACUUACGUUCAGAAACUGGAGAUUCUCUCUUCUGAAGCCAAAAUCCUACGACGGAUUUGACACAAUGGGACGCUGAGGAACUCGCUGAGGAUCUCUGCGAGCCUGAGGAUACUACAGAUUAUGUCGCCAUGGAAACCGAAACCUGGAAGCGGACGCAAGGACCAUUGAAGGUGGACGAGCGUUCCUGACUGCAUCGCCGGCUGAUUAUCUGCCCACUGCGAAUGCUGUGGAGAAUUACCAUUCCUGUCAUACUGGCUGGGGUGCUCUGCAUCACAGCGGAGGGCAAAAAGCCCCGCCCCCAGGGCUCCAUCCCGUCCCCGCACAAGUCCAAAGGCAACCUCUCCGCGGAGCGCCAGCACAGACUGUUGCAGCCCAAACCGGAGGUGCUCUCCUCCAGCAGAGAGGCCCUGGUGGUGACGGAGCGCCGCUACCUCCGCAGAGACUGGUGCAAGACCCAGCCCCUCCGCCAGACCAUCAGCGAGGACGGCUGCCGCAGCCGCACGGUGGUCAACCGCUUCUGCUACGGCCAGUGCAACUCCUUCUACAUCCCGCGCCACAUGGGCCCCAGCGCCGGUCAGGGACACAGUCGGGGCAAGGCCUCCGGCUCGGGGAGGAAGGGCCACAACAAAGUUCAGGAGCCUUUUCAGUCCUGCGCCUUCUGCAGGCCUCACCGCAUCACACAGCUGACGGUGCAGCUGGACUGUCCAGACCUGCAGCCGCCUUUCCGGCACCGUAAGGUGCAGCGGGUCAAACAGUGCCGCUGUAUGUCUGUAGACGUGAGCGGCCACGGGAAACUGUGAAAAAACAGUCGGAGGACUUCGCCCAGCAAGUGGAACUACUCUAAGUCAUUCCAGUGAUGGCUUUUUCGACAAAAAAUAAAUAUAUAUAAAGAAAUGGAGUGACUCUAAAGCCCAAUUAUGAUUAAAACAUACAAGCAGUCACUGUUUAAUAUAAAGAAGAGGCAACCAUCUCAUUACGGACACUGAAAGUGACCUUUUUUUUGGAGUUUUAAAAACUUGCAUUUUGAAAAGCCACUUUUAUAAGAUGGGUGGUGAAAUAUCUCCUUACACAAGAUUGCCAGGAGAUGUCCCAACAUUGACUUUACCCUUCAACUAUCCCAUAUUCUAGCUCGUAAAAAGAAAAAAUACUGCAGCAUGUGUACCAAAGGUGCAAUGCAAUAUAUAUAUAUACAAUAUAUAAAUAUAUUUUAUGUAUGUGAUAAUGUAUGACAAAAGUAUAUUAAAUAAAUUUCAUAUAAAACUUAAAUAGUCUGUGUUUUUAAAAUAAAAAGAAUACCAGCGACAAAAGCAUUUUUGUUACAAAUGUGGCUACUUUUAUUGAAUAAAUAUAUAUAUUUUUUUACUUUUAGCUGUUGCUAUUGCACAUGGAAGCCUUGUGGUUUCACGCUUUUUUCACACACACACUUUUACACAGCAGAAAACACCACUUGCAUAGGAUUUUAGGUUAAAAACACACAAAGAUUUUUUUUUUUUUGGUAAAAAUUCAUACGAGAAGGGCAGUUCAGAUGACAAAACUUACCAGGUUAUUAAAAAAAAAAAAAACGGCAUUUUUAGUUCUUUUUCUUUGAAAAACCC